AUAUCAUACAAAUCUUAUCCAAAAAAUGGUCACACAUUUUGUCAAAAAAUAUGAAAACGACCCACUUCAUAAAUAACUAGCACUAGCCAGUUCUCACUCGGCAACUUAGGAUUUUUUACAAUCAUGGCAAACGAGGUAAUUCUGUUAGAUACAUGGGCUAGCAUGUUUGGUAUGAGAGCAAGAAUUGCAUUAGCUGAAAAGAGUGUUAAAUAUGAGUACAAAGAAGAAGAUCUCAGAAAUAAGAGUCCUUUACUUCUUCAAAUGAACCCAAUUCACAACAAGAUUCCAGUUCUUAUCCAUAAUGGAAAAUCCAUUUGUGAAUCUGCAAUUAUUGUGCAAUACAUAGAUGAAGUUUGGAAUGAUAAAGCUUCAUUCAUGCCUUCUGAUCCUUAUGAGAGAGCUCAAGCUAGAUUUUGGGUUGAUUAUAGUGACAAAAAGGUUUAUGACACUUGGAAGAAAAUGUGGCUUUCAAAAGGAGAAGAGUAUGAGGAAGGGAAGAUGGAGUUGAUCUCUAUCUUUAAGACACUAGAGGGGGCAUUGAGUGACAAACUUUUUUAUGGUGGUGACACAUUUGGGUUUCUUGAUAUUGGUCUGAUCCCUUUUUAUAGCUGGUUCUAUGCAUUUGAGACAUAUGGCAACUUCAAAAUGGAAACGGAAUGUCCUAAACUAAUGGCUUGGACCAAGAGAUGCAUGGAAAAAGAUAGUGUGUCAAAAUCUCUUCCUGAUCAGAAGAAGGUGUAUGAUUUUGUUGUGAGCAUUAAGAAAGCACUUGGAUUGGAUUAGAGACUUUGUGUGCAAGCUUUAAAUAUUUACUUGGAUUUGAUUAAUAUUCUAUAUGGUUUGCUAGACACUUGAGUGUGUCUACAAUAUUACAUUUGGAAUAAAAUAUGAUUGUAAUAAGGUUUGUGUAAUUGACUUUUGUUUAGUGGUCUUUGAUCAAUGUACUAUGGUUUGCUAGACACUUGAUUGUGUCUACAAUAUUACAUUUGAAAUUGAGGAGGGAUGAUUGUUAUUUGUUGCUAUGGUUAUUUGAA